CAUCGCUGGCAGCUGAUCGUUGACUCCGUCCGGCGGAUGUUUUCGAAGCUAGUUCAGUUUGUGCAUUGCCCGCAGAGAGAUGAGUACCCCGUGGCCGGUUGUAGUCAGUCUGUUCCUGAUCUCCAGCCAGGUUCUAGCUGAUCUGUCUAGCGAUGCCCAGAUGCUGGAGAAGUGCCUGCGUGAGGUGAGCUCUCCGGAGAGCAUCGCCGACGAUUUGCAAAAGCUAGAGCGGUAUCCGUCGUGGACGCGGGAGGAACUGCCAUGCUUGAUGAGGUGUUUGGCGAGAGAAAAGGGCUGGUUCGACAUAGAGGCCAACAAGUGGAAGCUCAAGCAACUGACCGAGGAGCUAGGAGCCGAUGUCUACAACUACUGCAGAUAUGAGUUGAGGAGGAUGUCGACCGAUGGCUGCACUUUCGCCUACCGGGGACUCAGGUGCCUCAAGCAGGCCGAGAUGCAUGGUGGAUCCAGCUUAAGCACUUUGCUACAGUGCUCCCGCCAAUUGAAUUCUACCAAUGUGCAGCUGCUGCAGUACAGUAAAAUGAAGCUCGAGGAACCCAUUCCAUGCCUCUUCCAGUGCUUCGCCGAUGCCAUGGGUUUCUACGACUCCGCUGGCAACUGGAGGCUGGACAACUGGAAGCAGGCAUUCGGUCCAACCGAGAACGAAGAUAAGGCAUCUACUCCAGAUUACAGUGGCUACAGAAACUGCCGCCUAAGUGAGAAAGAGAGGCAGAAGGCCAACAAUAAGUGCUCCUGGAUGUACCAGGAGUACAUGUGCUGGGAGCGAGUAAAUGGCAAUCUGCAGGGGGUGGAGAACAGGGGGCAAUCUUGAAAUCGCAAUGGUAUUAUUGGUUUGGAAUUCAUAUUAAUAAGUCAUUCUAUCAAAAAUAUUUUGUAAUAAUAUAGAAUAUUUUGUAGAAUACGAUUGGAUUAAUUUAAAGUUAUUAAAUUUAUUUAAACAAUUUA